AUGCCUCUGGACUUCUCUAAUCUUUUUAUCCUCCGAGAUUACCAAUUAAGAUCCACGCGCAAACCGCUUGAUUUUUAUGUCUGGCGCAAAUUUGUAAUAUCCGCAUUGCAAAACCAACUCAUUGUUGCCCUCCUCCAUUACGUACAACUUCUGAUUCUACGCCGACUCGUUUUCAUAACAUCACUUUGUCGAAUCACUGCAGAGACUCCCCCGUUAGGCGAGGUCGUUGCAGAUAUCGUUAUUUGUACCUUCAGCCGCGAGGUUCUCUUCUACUAUUUUCACCGUUUCCUACAUCAUCGACUCAUCUACCGCUACUUCCACAAGACACACCACCAGUUUACGCCGCCCGUGGCCUUGGCAGGUCAGCAUUUCCAUCCGGUGGACUAUUUCUUGACUGGUAUCCUACCUGUCAUCAUACCCGCCUUUUUGAUGAGGAUUCAUGUAUUUACCAAGUGGCUAAAUAUUAUUCUCGUUUCCACCGAAGCGUUCGUGGUCCAUUGCGGAUACGACUUUUACGGAAUACUUGAUCUGAAGCCAAAGUCGCAUGAUUUGCAUCACAAGCAUAGCAAUGUGAACUUCGGGGUGAUGGGUAUAAUGGACUAUAUUCAUGGGACAAGAUUUGUGGAGAAGACUCGGAGCCAACUGCAAAAAUGA